AUGACCUACACUUUACCCUUGAACCUAUUAUAUAUAGAUUCAUACGAUUCAUUUGCUUAUAAUAUUAUAGACUUGAUUAAAUCCACUAGUAUUAUUGCAAAUGAUGCACCAUAUGAUUUAAAUCUAACUAUAAUCCAAGAUAAUGAUUUAUCGGUCCUAUCUGAUUUGAUCACUUUUUCCAAAAAACUAUCUCAAUUUCAUGGUAUCAUUAUUGGUCCAGGUCCAGGAAAUCCUAGAAAUUUUAAUCAUGAAAAUUCAAUCAUUUAUAAUAUAUUUAAUCGUUUCAAAGAUACUCUUGCCAAGACUCCAAUUUUAGGGAUAUGUCUUGGCUUUCAAUCCAUGUCUUAUUUGUAUGCUCAUUGCAGUAUCUGUGAAUUAGAUAAUAUUAAGCAUGGACAAAUAUAUGAGAUGGAAUUGUUAAAUAAUAAUAUUAAUAAUGAUGAUAAAAAUAUUUUUGAGAAUUACCCAAGAACUUUUAAGUCUGUUAGAUACCACUCUUUACACAUAACAAAUAUAACUGCAGAUUUAAUCCCAUUGGUUGUAACCAAAGAAAAAAAUAUUGCAACCAAUGAUACAAUUAUAAUGGGUGGUAAAAUACGUGAUAGAUGUUGGUUUGGUGUACAGUAUCAUCCUGAAUCUUGCUGUUCUGAAUAUGGCCAAUUACUAUUCGACAAUUUCAUUGGAAAAUUUGUGUUACCCAAUUAUUCAAAUGUUAAGUUAGAUGACCACAACAUGGAAUUUACAGAAACUCACAGAGAAUUUGACACCAACCUUACUAUCAACACCCCAAAGAAUAUUGAAAUUGAUUAUAGAGUAAUUGAUAUCCCCAAAAACAUUACCAACAUACCACAAUUUUUGAUAAAUUUGGGCGAAUUCAUUAAUGCAUUUGAUAGUAAUUUUGUUUUAUUAGCAUCAAGCAAAUUACAACCUAACUGUGGCCAGUAUAGUAUAUUUGGUCUACCAAUCCAAAACAAAACUACAGUCUUUCAAUAUAUCGUGGCAACUGGAGAAUUUUUUCGGUACUUAUAUACUCAUGACAAUUCUACUGCAGUUAUUGAUUCAUCCAUUAUAACAAAAGAUGAAUAUUGGUCAAAAAUUGAAAAAUUUAUGGAAGAUAAAACGGUAGACUUAUCUGCCAUGGAAGAAUACAAUAAUGCUGCCAAAGAUUUGAAUGAGUUGCCAUUUAUAGGUGGAAUAAUGGGCGGGAUUGGUUACGAAUUAGGAUGGUGUGUACCAAUGGAAUCAAAUAUCGAGAAGGAUAAGACUAUAGACUCUUUAUUGGUGUAUAUUGAAAAUACCAUUGUAAUUGAUCAUAUAAAUAACAAGAUGUAUUUUAUCUCUAUUAACGGUAAGACCGAUGAUAUUCCCUUAUUCGGACUAAUAAUGAAUUCAAUAAUGAGAAAUGAAAUUGAUGACACACAUGUUAAUAAUAAUGUUUGCACAGCCAAAGUUAAAACCGUUGUUAAACCUGACAAACAGAAAUAUAUUGCCAUGUUUAAUAAAUGUCAAGAAUACUUAAAUAAAGGUGAUUCUUAUGAACUAUGCUUAACCAACCAGUGUGAAAUACAUCUAGAGAACACAGAUCCCACAAAAAUAGGCUGGAUGUUAUUUAAAAAGUUGUUACUACUGAAUCCUGCGCCCUUCAGUUCGUACAUUAAUUUCCCACAAUAUAAAUUGGUCAGUAGCUCUCCAGAAAGAUUUUUGAAGUGGGAUGAAAAGCUAACUUGCGAAUUAAGACCAAUUAAGGGAACGGUAAGCAAAAAAAAAGUUAAUGAUGACAUUAAAGAAGCCACAAAGAUAUUGAACACACCUAAAGAAUUUGGUGAGAAUUUGAUGAUUGUUGAUUUAAUAAGAAAUGAUUUAUAUGAAAAUUUGCCCCUUGUUAAGUUGGAAAAAUUAAUGGGAAUAGAAGAGUUUGAAACAGUUUAUCAAUUAGUGAGCGUAAUCAAAGGAUAUGCGAGUAACAGUAGUGGUGAUAGACCCGUUACUAUCCCUACUAGUGGAUUUCAGAUUUUAAAGAAAAGUUUACCCCCUGGUUCAAUGACAGGUGCACCUAAGAAAUCUAGUGUUGAAAUAUUAUACAAAGAUAUAGAAGGGGAUAUGUAUAAGAAUCGUAAAAUCUAUAGUGGUGUUACUGGAUAUUAUGGAAUUAACAGGAGAGGGGAUUGGUCUGUUAAUAUUAGAUGUAUGUAUUCUUUGGCUGAUCCAUUGGUUUGGAGGUUGGGAUGUGGUGGUGCUAUUACUGUGUUAUCGAAUGCUGAAGAUGAAUAUGAAGAGAUGUUGACUAAGUUGAAUAGCACAUUACAAAUCUUUUAG